CCUCAUAUUUCACAAAUGUUUGGUUUCAGCAUUCAACUCGGUCUGUUCAGCUAUUUUUGAGUACACAGAGCGCGCUCUGAACAUGUUCAGAACGAAAAAUGAGAUAAAAAGGAACACAAUUUUUUGACAGCUCAGGGGUCGAACUGCGGCAUACGUACGUUAACGUAUUGACGUUUUAUGUCUCUAUCAUUUUCUUCUGAUUAAAUAGAGAGAGCAAUAGUCAAAACGUUAACGAACGUAUGCCGUAGUUUGACUCCAGGGUUUCAUUUCUGAAUUAAUAAAGAAAAACACUAAUAACUGACAAAAGGAGUCAAAUGGGUAAAAAAAAGAAUUUAUUUAAUACUGGGAAAUAAAGAAAACAAAUCCAAUGUCUACGUGCCAAAUAAAAAUUGAGAUGACGUGGAAGUAUGAAAAACUAACAAAAUUAUUGUUAAUCACAAGCUCCAAAAAAAAUUUUAAAUAAUCCAACCACAAUUAAAAAAAUUAAACACAAACAAAAAAAUUAGAGUCACCCUGUCGUGCGUCGAUAAUACAGUUUGAAUCAACCCAUGAAUAAGAAGGACAAGAAUGACAGCAAAAGCUGUCAUUCGAGUCGAGUGAUAGAAUUAAAACGAGUGAUAGAAAGUAAACCAAAAUUUUUGCAUUUGAUUUUCCAUUUCCCAUGACCAUUUUUUGAAAAAAUAUUUUUCAAAAAAUGUUUGCAUUAAAAAGAAGCACCACUCGGUGUCAUUACCUGGGCCAAUCACUUGAACCAAAACGAUUCCUAUCUGCACAACCCCAACCAAAAUCAAAUUCUGAUGAAUACACAGACAAACCGGAAUAUCCCGAAAUCUUGGAACUUAGCCGCGAAGCACGCAUGAAACGUGAAAAACAAUCAUGGCAUGAACAAAUUAAAGCUGUCCCAACAAUUGAAGAGAAAUUGAUAAAGAUAAAUAUGCCAAGAUAUUAUGGAUUCAAGACAAUUAUGUUGAAUUCCGAAGAGAAUCCUUAUAAUUGUCUUCCACUUAAUCAACAUUAUACAAGGACAGUUUUCGAAGGUUAUGAAAAGUUACCAAAUACAGCGACAAAAGCCGAUGAAGCUAGUAAAACUCAAAUGGAAUCAUUUGUCAAAUCAGUUUCGGCAAAUAUUCAAGAUGCUAUUGAGUAUUCCAAUGAGUUUUUCAAGGAAAGAUAUGGUUAUGAUAGCUCAUUGUCUGCCCAACAAAAAGACAAGCUUUUAGGACAGAUUAUAGUCGAAAACCUCAACAGAACCCUCAUCAACUCUUUAAGCGCCGAUGCCGCUCAUUUGUCAGAAAUUGAAAUUGAUCUAAAUCCCAGACAUGAAGCAUUCUGGUCAGUUGGAGGAGUGAAUCCUUCAAAAGACGCUGUUAAGAGUAGAAAGGGUCGUGAUUGGCAAAAAGAUACUGUCUAUAUGCCAGUAGAAAGACUUGUCCAGUACACUGGUGAACCUUAUCUUGCUAUCAGACAUAGUUUGCCUUUGGCGCCUAUCAAGUCGAUUGAAGAGAGUAGUUCGGUGGAGCUUGCCAAGAAGAUACCUAUUUAUAAAUUUGAUGCCCGGACUUUGGGAUAUAAGACCAACUAUCGACAUGCUACAAAUAUUCCUGCUGAAUACAUUAAACCUUGUAAAAGAAAUGACCCAGAGAUCGUUAAAUGCUUUAAGGGUUCACUGGAGCACUUGAGGCCGUGGCUUAAAGCUGGAAUUCCUGAAAUUGAGCUGCCAUCAGUGGAACCAUUCAAAAUGAACUCAUUAUCCCUCCAAUUGACUGACGGCCCACAGGGAUACAAGAUCACCUUGAAGAACAUGGAAGUAUUUGGUGCCAGUGAUUUCCAAGUCAAGUCCAUGAAACUAAGUGAAAACGGAGAACCUUUCGAGGCAAAAAUUGCUAUGCCAAAACUGAGAAUUGAAUCCAAGUAUACCAGUUCUGGAGUUUUACUCAUCAUUCCAGCUUCAGGUGGAGGAGAAUUUCAUUCUAUUUUUGAUGGUGUCCUUGCCAAGCUGACUGGAAAAGUUUCGACUAGCGAAAAGCCUGAUGGCACUUAUCUUCAUGUCGAUGCACUUAAUAUUGAACUUGAUGUGAAGAACAUUGAAAUGAGUAUCUCGAAGGCUUUCAAUAAUAAUCGUAUUUUAACUGAAGCAACAAACUUGUUUCUCCGUGAUAAUGGUAGAUUGGUUGUUGAUGCUAUGCGACCACAAUUACAAAAGAAAUUGGCCCAUGAAUUUGGUCAAUUGGCGAAUCAACUUUUGAAACAUGUUCCCAGAGAGAUGUUCUAUAUUGAUUAAACAGCUAGAUUAGAAGCCUAUUAUAAGUAUCAAGGUGUAAGAUAUUAUUAGUUUGUUAAAAGUAAGAAUCAUUUUUGAUAAUAACCAUUUUUUUGUAUUUCAUAAUCGAAAUUAUUUUGAAAGAUACAAUGUAUCUAAUUAGAGUUUCUUCUUGCAUAAUUUUAUAAAAAAAAUAUCGAAAUUUCAUCAAGAUACUCAGAAUUUUGUAUCACAUAUUUUUGUAAAUAUUUUUUCUCUUUUUUAAGAUAAUAGAUAGUCUUAGGUU